AUGAGCGGAGCUGGGAAAAAGGCUAUCGGGGCACCGUCUGGUGGUGUCGUGGAAUGGAUCAGUACCGCAUGUCGAUUUGCUACAGAUAGAAAUGAUUUCAGAAGGUAUGGGCCAUAUGGCUAAACAUUCCUAUUUCAUAUGCAACGUGUUUCACAUAUCAUGUUAGCUAGCUAGCCAACUAGCUAGCUCCUUUGCCAAACAUGCGCAUGCUUUGCCCUUGGAUAUACCGGUAUCAACAGCCCUGAGCUAAUUGCUCAGCAGUCCCUUGCUAGCAUAACAUUAUCUGGAAAUGAUUAGGGUUUUGUGAUUAAAAACAAAUCACGCCCCCACAACUCAACUGUCAUUGAGGCAACGUGUAACUCAAUGAAUGAAUAUCUCCAGUGGUUUAUUCAUAACGAUCCUAUAAUUGUUGUGUAUAUAAUAUGAAUUCGUUGCUAAUUGAUCUGUUUCUGUAGGAACCUGAUGGUCAACCUGGGCCUCUUUGCAGCUGGAGUUUGGGUUGCCAGGAAUCUCUCAGAUUUUGACCUGAUGUCUCCUCAACCAAUCACCUAG